UGUUAGCUGUCGUAUUGGUCUACCCUUUCCCAAGAUUUUGAGAGAUAUUCCAAGUUAGCCAACUUCAACCGGCGAGCUUGUAAACUGUAUCGCCACUAGCUUGAACCAUAUGCAACAUGUGUAUCAACUUUGUUAAGGACUUACCUCAAAUGAAAUGCAAAAAACGUUAAAGGGGAAGAGCAGCCGCCGCGCACAUGCAGCGCAGUUCCCGCUGUGAACGCAUAGCCUACAUUAAGGAAACCGCUUCAGCAACCGCGGGAGUCCGCGCCUCAUUCGGGCAAGGGAAUGAAUCUGGCAUUUAUUUUUCGACACUGGACACGGGGAAUUGUGUGGUGAAGGAUAGGCUACAACGACGUUUCCUCGAAAUGCAGACGGACUGAAUAUUGCUGGGAACAAUAGCAACCCAGAUCUGCGAUUCGCCACAAUUUAGGCUGUAUCUGGAUCUUCCCCCGUCGGAUUUGUUGCCAUUGCAGUUUUCACUCCAUUGGCUAUUCGUUAAUUGGCAGCAACAACGUUGUUAGUAUCUGGCCUCUGAACCACAGUACAAAUAAACAUGACUUCACCUGCGAGGCUGCGAAAGGACAAGGAGAUUAUCGCCGAAUAUGAAACUCAAGUCAAAGAGAUCCGUGCUCAGUUGGCUGAGCAGCUGAAGUGUUUGGACCAGCAGUGUGAGCUGCGCGCUCAGCUGCUCCAGGACCUGCAGGACUUCUUCCGCAAGAAGGCCGAGAUCGAGACGGAGUACUCCCGCAACCUGGAGAAACUCGCCGAGAGGUUCCUCUCCAAGAUGCGCAGCACCAAGGACCACCAGUACAGGAAGGAGCAGGGGGUUCUCUCCCCGGUGAACUGCUGGAACCUCCUGCUGAGCCAGGUGAAGAGGGAGGGGCGGGACCACGCCACCCUCAGCGACCUCUACCUCAACAACAUCAUCCCCCGCUUCACGCAGGUCAGCGAUGACUCAGGACGCCUCUUUAAGAAGAGUAAAGAGAUGGGCCUGCAGCUCCAGGAGGAUUUGCUGAAGGUUCUGAAUGAGCUAUACACGGUGAUGAAGGCCUACCACAUGUACAACACGGACAGCAUCAACGCCGAGAGCAAGCUGAAGGAGGCGGAGAAGCAGGGCGAGAAGAUGAGCCGCUCCCCGGACUCCCUGGCCGGAGUGCGGGUGGAGGAGAGGCACGUCCGCCGCAGCUCCGUCAAGAAGAUGGAGAAGAUGAAGGAGAAGCGCCAGGCCAAGUACACCGAGAACAGGUUGAAAGCCAUCAAGGCCAGAAACGAGUACCUUCUGGCUCUGGAAGCCACCAACUGCUGUGUUUUCAAGUACUACAUCCACGACCUGUCUGACCUCAUCGAUUGCUGUGACCUGGGGUACCAUGCCAGCCUGAACCGGGCCGUGCGUACCUACCUGUCGGCAGAGUACAACGUGGAGACGUCCAAGCACAGCGGUCUGGAGACCAUCGAGAACGCCGCGGACAACCUGGAGGCCUCCGGCGACAAGCAGCGCCUGAUGGAGUCCUACAACAACGUCUUCUGCCCGCCCAUGCGCUUCGAAUUCCAGUCCCACAUGGGCGACACGGUGUCUCAGAUCUAUUCCCAGCCGCCCCUGCAGGCUGACCUGGUCCAGAGGAGCCAGCAGCUUCAAACUCGCCUCUCCACCCUGAACAUCGAGAACGAGGAGGUGAAGAAGACCAUGGAGGCCACACUGCUGAGCAUCCAGGACAUGGUGAGCGUGGAGGACUAUGAUGUCACCGAGUGCUUCCACCACGGGGGCUCCAUGGACUCCGUCAAGUCCAUCGCCUCCGAGUCCUUCAUGAGCCGGCCCAGCCUGGCCAAGAGGAGGGCCAACCAGCAGGAGACCGAGCAGUUCUACUUCACGAAAAUGAAGGAGUUUCUGGAGGGGAGGAACCUGAUCACCAAGCUGCAGGCCAAGCACGAGCUCAUCCACAAAUCCCUGGGCGAGGGCCAGAAGACAGAGUGCUGCAUUGCCAGCGCCAGGAGGAACUCUGCUGCCCGCAAGCAGGACCGUGGCCGGGCCAUCCCCCUGGUGGUGGAGAGCUGCAUUCGCUUCAUCAGUCGCCAUGGCCUACGUCAUGAGGGGAUCUUCAGAGUGUCCGGCUCGCAGGUGGAGGUCAACGACAUCAAGAAUGCCUUUGAAAGGGGUGAAGACCCCCUGUCUGGAGACCCGAAUGACCAUGAGAUGGACUCCAUUGCAGGGGUCCUCAAACUCUACUUCCGGGGUCUGGACCAUGCCCUCUUCCCCAAGGAAGUCUUCCAUGACCUCAUUUCCUGUGUCUCUAUGGACAGCCUUCAGGAGCGAGCGUCCCACAUCCGCAAAAUUCUGCUACCACUGCCCAGCAGCACCCUUGUGGUCAUGAGAUACCUGUUCUCUUUCCUCAACCACCUGUCCCAAUACAGCGAGGAGAACAUGAUGGACCCCUACAACCUGGCCAUCUGCUUCGGCCCCACCCUCAUGUCGGUCCCUGAGGGCCAGGACCAGGUGUCCUGUCAGGCCCAUGUCAACGAGCUCAUCAAGACCAUCAUCAUCCACCACCACCACAUCUUCCCCGGGCCCCGUGACCUGCAGGGGCCCCUGUACGACCCCGAGGACUACGGUGAGCUCCCCCUGGUGGACGAACCCAUGCCUGAAGCUGUCCGAGAGCUUCACUCCAGCAGUGAAGGCCGCCUGCUGUUUUCGGACAUGGACCCCGUGGAGGCUGUGGCUCGCUUCGACUACUCCGGGCGCAGCCACCGGGAGCUGUCCUUCCAGAAGGGGGCGCCGCUGCUGCUGUUCCACCGGGCCUCGGACGACUGGUGGGAGGGCCGGCACAACGGCGUGGACGGGCUGGUCCCGCACCAGUACGUCAAGGUCCAGGACACGUGA